CCCUAGAGAUUCUAAUACCCCCUUUCACUAUUUUUGUACAUCACCAUGUACAUUUAAUCAAAUUGCGUUAUACGAAGCCAACGAAAUUUUUUCGUGCCAUCUAACUUUGUACAUCACAAUGUACAUCAUAGUCGAAUGUUUUUAUGUGGGUAGUAUACAUGCGGCAAACUGUUAACAUCAGGUCGGGCAAAUUUUAUGCGUGGUUAUGGUAUUCUAACAUAAACAACGUUUGACGUGACAUUUUAUUUUUGCAAUUGCUGUUGAAUUUUUGAAAAAAAAAUUAGUUUUGUGAUUUGUUACUGGUAAGUAUGCAUUGCAACGUCAAAGUUCACAACUUUUUAGAAAUUUUUAUAUUAUACUUGAUGAACAAAUGAAGUUUGAAUUAGUAUGUACAUCAGGAAGGACAAACGCAGUUCAGUGGGUCUAAUGUUUGUUGUUGUAAAAAAGUUACAUUUUUCACAAAUGAGAUAAAUAAUUUGUAGUACUGUAAAUACUCGUAGCAUAAUGAACUGAUUUGGUUCUAUCCCUUCAAAUUUGGCUAUACUUUGUUUUUUAUCGAAGAAUUUGUUUUUUUUAUCGUAUUUUCUUCAGAUAAUGUCAAAUAUAAGAAAAGAUAAGGACCCACACAGAAAACUUACAGAAGCGGAACUUCUUUAUUACCUCGAAAAUGAUAUUUCUGAUAUCGAAUUUUUGUCAGAUGAUGAGUUGGAAUUAGACGAAGUGUGCAGAGACCAAACAAAUGAUAACGUUUUAGAUGGAAUAAGUACUGAAGAUCGAGAAAAUGAAGAUGAAGAUUUGGCAGAUGAACAAGAAGGGCCGGAGGAAAUUGUAAUUGGGGAAAAUGACAAAGAUGAUAGAGGGCAAUUCGAAAAAGAAAAAGAAAAUUUUGCGAAAAUCCAUAACCUAACUGAAAAAUCAAAAAUAAGGUGGAUACAGAAAGACAAUAUAGAAUACGAAACAAGGAAUAUUCACUGGCAUGCAAGUCAACCAUCAACCUUAGUUGUAGAUUUGCCAGCUCCAGUAAAAUUUUUUACUAAAUAUAUUCCCGAUAAAAUACUGCAACAAAUGGCUGAUAUGACAAAUUUAUACGCCACGCAGCAAAAUACUGCUAGGUUUCCCUCAACUAGUUUGACUGAAAUCAAAUCUUUUAUAGGAAUCCAUAUUAUUAUGGGAAAUUUACAGUUUCCUCGAGUCUCCAUGUAUUGGCACCGUAGUAUGGGAAUACCAUUAGUGAAAGAUAACAUGCCUCUAUCUAGAUUCUACAAGCUGCGCCAGGCAAUACAUAUAGUUGACAUUACCAGCCGCGAAGAAAACAACCAAGAUAGAUUGUGGAAGGUAAGAUGUUUGUACGAGUCUGUAAGGAGAAGAUGCCUCAAGCUUCCACUAGAAACUAAUCUGUGUGUCGAUGAACAAAUAGUUCCAUUCAAGGGACAAAUCAAUAUCAAACAAUAUGUAAAAAACAAACCCACAAAAUGGGGUAUCAAAAUCUACGUCUUAGCCGGCCAAAGUGGCCUGAUAUACGACUUUCUAAUUUAUCAAGGUUCGACAACGCCCUUCAGUCCUAUAUAUGUAAAAUAUGGGUCGGCGGCUGCCGUGGUUAUGCAACUUAGCGAAAGAAUAUCUGAAUCGAACCAUGGCCUAUUUUUUGAUAAUUAUUUUACUACUUAUAACUUGAUUCAGUAUCUUGACUCCAAACAUAUAUACUGCGUAGGAACCAUAAGAGCAAAUCGUUUUGCCAAUCCAAGGUUGCCAAGUGACAAGGAAAUGAAAAAGAUUGGCCGUGGUUCUUCUGCGGUUUCAAUCAGUAAAGACGGCAUUGUCAUCACAAAAUGGUAUGAUAACAAAGCAGUACUGACAGCUUCAAAUUUUGUGGGGAUAGGAGUGGCGGACGUUUGUCGAAGAUGGGAUAAAACGAGAAAGGAAUAUGUACAAGUACCUAGACCUGAAGCUAUAAGACGAUACAACAGUAAUAUGGGUGGUGUCGAUAAGUUAGAUUUUUUACUAAGUCUAUAUCGGUCGUACGUUCGAUCAAAAAAAUGGACUGUCAGAAUGAUCACCCAUGCUAUUGAUCUAGCAUUGGUAAAUUCAUGGUUAGAAUACCGUACACAAGCAAUUCUUUUAGGACUUCCCAAGAAGGACAUUCUUGAUCUGUUAGGUUUUCGCAUGGAAGUGGCAGAAAGUUUAAUUUAUACCCGACGUGCUCCUAAAAGGGGAAGGCCCUCCGAACAAAUAGAGAACCGAGUCAUUCGUGGAAAGAAAAAAGUUGAAAUAAGACCUACAAAUGCCCAAAGGUUUGAUAAAUACGAUCAUCUUCCACAGUAUGAUGACAAAAAGGAAGCGUCAAGGUGCAAAAAUCAAGAUUGUAAGAGCAGAACACAUAUAUAUUGUCAAAAAUGUAAAGUCCAUCUUUGCAUUUUAAAAGGGAGGAACUGUUUUUCAAAAUUCCAUUCCAACUAG